GUCACGUGGUCCACUCAGGCUACCAACCUUCGGAGGUACUAGUUGCUGCUGUCCCAGACCUCACUACUACUUCUGAGUAUUCUUGCUUUCAGGAUCAUGUCUGCUCUUCCUAAAGCGAUGCGUACAAUGCGCAUAAUUGCUUUGCCUCUUUCUCGCCCAAAUAUUCCACCUGAUCAUGGCCUGAAGCCACACGCAAUUUUUAACCCCAACCGCAUGCUUAUUUUCUACCACUUUGACCUCUCUCAAGGCAACAGUUCUAAAAUCCAAGAUCAGUCUAGUAUAAAGCGAGCGGUGAAAUGGGCGUCCAUAAAAGCUGCCGACCUUUGGGCUGGUUUUGGAAAGGCACCCGAAGGCAGUUGGAAGUUGCAAACUUAUGAGUUUGGCGAACGCAUCAUCGAUCGCAUAGACUUCGAGGAGCUAGCCCUGAAAGGCGUUGACCCUUCUUUAGGGCCAUCGAUUACUCAUGCAGAUGCAACACAAAAAGCAAAUGAGGUAAACUUUUCGGAGAAGCAACGUCCGACGGAGGCCUUGCGAAUACCCCUCAUUUAUCCACCAUCCAUUUACGCUUCGCUACCACCCACGGGUGUGAAUGAAGUAUCGCAUCCCUCGAUUGUACACCUCCGCACGCUUCUAACCAGUCGGGAGCCCCGGCAUCGCAGAGGAUUUUGGAUGUGGAUGGCAAUUGCACCACUUACGGCCCCCUUCAUGAUUGUCCCCAUCAUACCCAACUUGCCAUUCUUCUUCUGUGUAUGGAGAUCUUGGUCACAUUACAGAGCAUAUAGAACUUCGCAAUACCUAUCGUCCCUUUUAGAUCAAGGGUUGAUCACGCCAGAGCCAAGCGCGGCACUUGAUCAACUCUACACUUCUUACGUCCCAUCCUUAUCGAACAUUGAAAGUUUGCGCUCGCCGACGGCUCCCCCUCUCCGAUCCGCGGCUUCAUUGCCAGCAAACACUCCAAACAUGAAUAACGGCCACCCGUCUCAUGAUCCGACAGCUUCUUCAUCACAGCCUGAUGCAUCUAAUGUACACAAGACCUCCCAACGGCUAUUACUUACUCGCAAAGCCAUUCCGCAGAUCUUGCAGCUUUUUGGUCUUCCACAAUCGUCGGCAGCAGACAUGUAUCGCGCAGUAGAACAAGUGCGCGGACGUCUCGGAGGAACAUCCGGCCGGUGAUAGUUGAUAAUGAGCUACGUAUUUGCUUCUGCUUAAUAUUGGGGUGACAAGUUUGAUGGGCAUUAAAUCCCACGCUUUACCACUCCUUUCACUAGUAGAAGUAUUAGAUCGUGAGUACGGAUUUGCAAGGGGUACGGCACGGAACGUCUUUGAAUAGACGUUCUCGAUGGUUUUUCAUUCUGAUCUGACCACGUUAGAAA